GCAUUGUCUUUAAAUCCAGUGCAGUUGUUGAAGGCUGGAGCCGAAGAAGAGAAGUCUGAGAAUGCUAGAAUGUCAUCUUUCAUUGGGGCCAUAGCCAUUGGAGAUCUCAUCAAAUCAACACUUGGCCCAAAGGGAAUGGACAAAAUAUUGCAAUCAGCUGGUCGAAAUGAAGGUAUCCAGGUAACGAAUGAUGGUGCCACUAUUCUCAAAUCAAUCGGAGUUGAUAAUCCUGCUGGAAAAGUUCUAGUCGAUAUUUCCAAAGUGCAAGAUGAUGAAGUCGGUGAUGGCACAACAUCGGUUGUUGUGCUGGCUUGCGAACUAUUGAAGGAGGCUGACCAGUUGAUAGCCCAGAAGAUUCACCCACAGACGAUUGUGUCCGGAUGGAGGAAGGCAACAGCAGAGGCCAGGAAAGCUUUAAUGGAAUCUGCAUUGGAUCAUGGAUCUGAUCCUGUUAAGUUCAGAGAAGACCUGAUGAACAUAGCUAGGACCACAUUAAGUUCCAAGAUACUCACUCAGUACAAAGAUCACUUUGCAAAUCUAGCAGUUGAUGCCGUGCUUAGACUAAAGGGGAAACCAAACUUGGAUGCAAUUCAAAUCAUCAAAAAGCUUGGUGGCGGUUUGAGAGACUCAUUUCUUGAUGAAGGUUUUCUGUUGGAUAAGAAGGUGGGCAUCAACCAACCAAAAAGAGUGGAGAAUGCCAGAAUAUUGAUUGCCAACACACCCAUGGAUGCUGACAAAAUUAAGGUGUAUGCUGCUCGUGUGAGAGUCGAUGGUGUGUCAAAGGUGGCUGAGCUGGAAUUGGCGGAAAAGGAGAAGAUGAAGGCCAAGGUCAACAAGAUAUUGAAGCACGACAUCAAUGUCUUUAUCAACAGGCAAUUGAUAUAUAACUACCCUGAACAAUUGUUUGCUGAUGCUGGGGUCAUGGCAAUCGAACAUGCAGACUUUGAAGGCGUUGAGAGAUUAGCUCUGGUUACUGGUGGUGAAAUUGUUUCGACAUUCGACAUGCCUGAAUUGGUUAAAUUGGGUCGAUGUGACCUGAUCGAGGAAGUCAUCAUCGGAGAAGAUAAACUAAUUAAAUUUUCGGGAGUAGCAAUGGGAGAGGCAUGCACUAUUGUAUUGAGAGGGGCGACUCAACAGAUACUUGAUGAGGCUGAACGAUCGUUGCACGAUGCUUUGUGUGUCAUGUCUCAAACUGUUCAAGAGACGAGGACCGUAUGCGGUGGAGGAGCGUCUGAGAUGUUGAUGGCUUGCACCGUUAGCGCACUAGCCUCAAGGACCCCUGGCAAGGAAGCAAUUGCUAUUGAAUCUUAUGCCAAGGCUCUCAGAAUGCUUCCGACAUAUGUGGCAGAUAAUGGAGGAUAUGACAGUGCAGAUUUGAUAGCCAAACUGAGGGCUUAUCACACAGAGGGGAAAAAAUCGUAUGGAUUGGACAUGAACAAAGGGGAAGUAGCAGACAUGACAGAACUGGGUAUCUUAGAAUCCUACAAGGUGAAGCAGCAGAUGUUGGUUAGUGGGGCAGAGGCAGCAGAAAUGAUUCUCAGAAUUGACAGCAUUCUCAAGAGCACACCCAGACAGAGGGCUCCUGAUAGACGUCCGUGUUGAUUCAAAAGCCACUGCAGUGGUUAGCUCUCGUCUUGUGUAGGUCUUGUGCUGACCACAUGGACCUAUUUUAACCUCUGGUUUUAUGUUUUAUUUAUUCAACACUUUUUCUAGUGAAACAUUUUUAUAGUAACGUUUGUUAUUCUAUGUUAAUUUUUUGGCACGUGUUUGUGCAAAAAUUUUCUGUCAAGAAGUAGUCUAUUGCUAGUUAAUGUGCGAAACUUUAAAAACCAAUAAAAUGUAAGUUCUCAACGGAACUACUUUGUUCCACAGAAACAGAAUGCAAAUACGUAUGGAUGGACUGAGCACACUUAAUAUUUUUAUAAUCAAUUAGAUUGUGGGCUAAAGAACGUAUAUUAUUCACCUACCUUAAAAGCAUGAAAUUUUUGUGUGUCUGUGUGUAUGCAUACACGACAAAGACUUGUUAAGUGUCACGGAUUUUAGAAAAAGUAACACAUCAAAAAUAUAAUUUGACAAUUGGAAUAAAAUUAAUAGAAUUUAUAAAAUAAAUAAUAUGACCGUGUGAGGUUAACAUGAAAAGCCGUAAGUUGUGACGAAGAGAUGUGAAACGUGAAAAUGCAUCAAUAAAUGUACAAUGUGCAUUUGGAAUGUGACUAAAAUUGACCACUACUGUAGUUUAUUCGACAUUUUUUUCUCACUUCAGUUUCAUCCUCGUUAACGGCAUUCGGACAUCUCGACUGGACACGGCGUGAAUCCUCAUGUAUAUUUUCUUGCACAUGAUUAACUUCUUUUUGCAAUCGAACGCGGUUACUGCGUCUCAGGACUGGACACUUAACCAUUAACCUAUCACGCGUAGGUGAAAAAUUGUACAUGACAAUGAACAAGCAAUAAAUUUUGUUGUUUGAUAGGUAAAUUAAUGCCGGUAACCGUGCGUGACAAAAAUUCAAAAAUUCUUAAAAGCUAUAAUACAAUUAAUAUGUUCAAAAGUAUAUGGCCACAUUUAUCUCUACAUCGUCAGAACAAAGUUUGUUUGAAUCUAAAACAGUGAAGUAAAAAAAUAUUAAAUUAUUUUUACAUGAGACAUCGAAAUAUUUAUAUCGAGAUACAAUAUCGUGAUCUAAUAAUUAUCACCGAAUAAACUUACAAAAACAAACGUUUUGUAAACUCUUAAUUUAAAUCUGAUAGAUCGUUAAUCGACUACUGUGUAGUAUGGCUGCUAAAGAAAAUGGAAUGAGAUAAACUGUUCCAAAACAAGCAUUGUACAGAACGAGUGUAUGGAUUUCCUAUGAACUCGCAACAAAUGAUGAGAUCACCCCCACUUUUAUUAUUAAAUAGAAUGUAAACAGUAACGUCAGAGGGUAGUAAUAAUUAUUCAACAAGACUGUAGAUGUAUUCCCUCAAUGGUUGUGGCAGUGGCAGUGUGCUGGCAUGCUGAUCCACCUUCCAGUUAAUGGCAUUGCAGAUUGAAAUCCGACAAAGCUGCUUCAGUUUUCUAGGUUCAGAACUGAGUGCUCGAAUUCUGGCUUGCACUUGCGUAUUUCUUGGCCCUUGUUCAAACUCGUGGUCUAGAUUAGAGCAUAUUCCAUCAACAAAGCGUGUAAGAUGCGCUUGACACAACGUAGCACAAAACACGUCGAGAAUUUCAAACGCAGUUAUAUUAUUGUGGCGGGCAUGAAUGUACAACCCUCGUGAUAAAUAGUAACUGACUGUGUACUUGGGUGGAAAGUUGUGCUGUGGCCGUUGUGCCGAGUCAUUACCAGAUGAUGACACGUUGUGUCUGGAAUUUGAGUGACGUGAGGUAGAUGACGACGAUACAUUUUGACGUUGUGCAAAUGUCGACAGAGUGACUUGU